GGGGUCACGUGGCGGUUCAGGUGCGGGGCCAUUUUCUUCUCCUCAGUGUUUCUCUGAAUCAGUGACAGACUCGAGCUCACAGUCAGCUGCUGCUGAAACACUGAAAUCAUGAAAUCACGCUGAUUUAAAUCACUGCGGAUACAAUCACUCUCCUCACAAUCAUGAAGAAGGGAUCGCUCAAUUUCCUGGGUCGGAAGAAUCAAUCUCUAUUCGGCACCAAUGUGGAGUUCAAGGACAUGGAUCAAGUGGAGCUGGUUUUGGACUCAGCUGCCAUCCCCGAGUCUGGAACCGCUAAAGUGCGCUCACGUCCGACUGUCAAACACUUCACGUCAUCUGAGAGUGUGCAAGGCUUUGCAGUUCCAACACCCAAGGUACCAGUUCUUCCGCCAUUCAACGAGCCCAAGAUAAAUGGUACAGGAAGCACCACAAACCUACCAAAUGGAAGGAUGCUUUCCGUCCCUGACCUCCUCCAGGGGGAAAUACUUAUACCGCCUCCGCCUGGCUCUGCCCCUCCACCUCCUCCUUUUUCAGCCCUGCCGCCUCCAUCAUUCAUCCCUCCCUCACCACAGUUCUCUGCCGAAAUGGACCCUUCUUUAGACCGUGCAAGUCUGCAUCCCCCUCCAAAGACGCCCCCAAAACCUUCAUCACUUACCAGUUCCGAUUACAGUGCAGAUUUAGACUUGACCUCCCUCAAACCUCCUCCAAUGCCUCCUCCAAAACCACCAUCGGAAACUUCCAGCUUCAGAGGUUCUCUCUCUAGCCUUGAUGUUCAAGAUAUCCCAGAAUGCCCCAAGUUCACCCCACCACCACCCCCGGUGAAAGCAUCACCUGUUCUUGCAAAAGCUCAGAAAACAGCACCUCCAAAACCCAUCCGAAUGUCCUCCAUACCUAAUCUGGACAUCCUGUCCCAAACUCCUGUGCCACCCGUUGCUUCCAACCCAACACCAUCUAGCUUCAACCCCCAGAACACAGCCAAACUCUACAGCGUGCAGAAGAGCACACUACUUGGCGGACAGACAGAAGGGGAAAAAAAAGUCCAGUCCAUUCUGCUGCUGGAAGAUUCUGCUGGAAACACGGUUGGUGUUGUCAAUGGGAAAAAUCCUGGAUCUUUCCAACCAGGGGUGCCACCAACCAAACCAGCCCGUCGGAACAGCUCCUCCACUCAUCUACAGGAUGACCAGCCAGACAUGGCACAAGCUCCAAGUGAACCAGCCACGGUAGAGCCCAAAAUAAAUCCUGAGCCUGUACUGGCACAAAACAUCCCCACUGAGGUACCAGCACCAAUCAAAGUCUCGCCCAAAAUAGAGAAAAGGAUACCUGAUGUUAGGCAGGUGGUGACCCCAGUUGCGUCCCCUGGCAGGCCUCGCAAGUACAGCCCUAUCUUGAACCACCGACGUCUCAACACACAGAGCGCAGACGGCUCAGUAAAGAAAGAGACCACAACUUCACCUCUGGCCUUGCUGAUGGCUGCAAAGGAAAGAGAAAAGCAGAGAACUGCUCUGUCCCAAAAGAACAGUACCUCAACAGAGCCAGUCAGUUCUGUGAUCCAACCUAGUGAAGAAAAACCAAACUCCUUCACCGUCAUUUCUCGAAACCCAACACCAGACAGUCCCAGUGCACAAUUAAAGUCGACCACAAACACGCAACCAAUCACCUCACCAUCAACCAAAGUUAACCUUCCAGAUAUGUCCUACUCAAAGCCAGAGCUAAGCUCAACCCCUCUACGAAGCCCAAUGAAUAGCUCUGUUAGUGGACUGGGUGUCCCUGUUAGAGAUGUGGAAGUUGGAGAAGACUUGGUCUUCAUUCCACCGCCUCCUGAAUUUGCCAACUCGGACUCUGAGGAGGAACCUCCAGUUCCCCCACCAAGUCACCCCGCUCCUGCUCCCCCUGGGAAAAGUGCCCCUCCACCUGCUAAAACCUUCUUACCUGCUCCUAUUAUCAGCUGCCCCCCUCCAAGUCACCCCGGUCCUGCUACCCCUGUAAAACAUGCCCCUCCACCUUCUAAAUCCUUACCUACUCCAAUCGUAAAUGGUCCACCUGCCAAACCCUCCCAACCUCCGACCCCUCCUCCUGUCACCAACGGGCCCCUCACUUCGCCCAAACAUAAACCACCCAGCUGUCCUCCCAAGGCCCCAGGACCUCCCCCAAAUAUCCAGCUCCAAUCCAAACCAUCUGUUCAAACGAAACCCACUCAACCCCCUUCACAAGUGGCUCCAUCCGUCUCCGCUAGCCAGGCC